AGUCUCGGUCACUCCAAAAUUUGAUUUCAAUGGGAAGGAGAAAACCUAGCAGCGAUGGACCCAUUAACAUUGACUCCGACUCCGAACCCGAACCCGAACCCGAGUCCGACCUGAAGUGCUCGAUUUCAGAGAUUUACAAUGAUCAACUGUCAAAGCAUCGAACAUGUUGGAUGCAUGUAUUAGCGGCUUCGAAAGCUCAAAGACAGAGCUUGACUCGGGGAGAAACUGAAGAGAUCAAAAAGAUAUCCCCAUGCUUUUUAACUUUUUCUCCUCACCGCCAGAGAUCAACGAGGAGUGUUAAGCAAAAGAAUGUCAGCCGUGAAGUGUCAAGAAAAACACAGAAGCAAGACUCUAAAACAUGUUCAGUGUCAAGAAGAAAACCAGUGCCAGUCUCUCGAGCUUGUAGAGUGUCACCGAAGAAACAGAAGCUAGGCUCUGAGGCCUUUGAGUGCUACUUUGAGAACUUAUGGAAGAGCUUCUCUGAGGACAAGAAAACUUCCUUCACAUACUUUGACUGUUUAUGGUUUUCCUUGUACAUUAAACCAACCACCACAGACAAGGUGCUAACCUGGAUUAAGAAGAAGCAUAUUUUUUCAAAGAAAUAUGUUUUUGUUCCUAUUGUGUGCUGGAGUCACUGGAACCUACUAAUAUUGUGUCAUUUUGGUGAGAAUGUCGAAUCAAAGACCCAAAGACCAUGCAUGUUGUUGCUUGAUUCUCUUGAAAUGGCAGAUCCGAGGAGGCUCGAACCAAAUAUAAGAAAAUUUGUAGUGGACAUCUUUAGAGAAGAGGGUAGGCCUGAGAAUAUGAAUCUUCUGAGAAAAAUUCCUCUUUUGAUACCUAAGGUGCCACAGCAGAGAAAUGAUGAGGAAUGUGGUAAUUUUGUUCUCUACUUCAUUAAUUUGUUCAUGGAGAGUGCUCCGCAGAAUUUUAGCAUGGAGGGCUACCCUUACUUUAUGAAGAAAAACUGGUUUACAUAUGAAAGCUUGGAUUGCUUCUGCCAGGAACUCUAUUCCUCAGCAAAGUGAUGUUCCCGGAACUUAAUAUGCAUAUCUUUUUGUAAAUGGUUUAGCCGAUUAUAAUGCCAGACAGAUUCAUGAUGCAACGUACUGAUGUUUUAAGUGUCUCGAUCGACAAGUACAAUAGGGAAACAAUAUUUGAGCAAAUAUUUUGGUUCAUGAGAAUAGAGAGAAUCCUCAAUUUUAGGAGAACUACGUUUUUGGCGAUCUGAUUGUCAUUGUUGGGAAGUACAGUUAAGAACUGAUCUUUGAGCAAGAAGAUAGCUUAGCUUCAAAAGUGGUUUGACAAUCCAUUAACAGUAGACACACAAGUACCUCUUUAUAGUUAUAAAGGAAGAACAAGAUCAUAGCAAGAGUAAUAAUUACAAGUUUACAACUAAUAAUUUCCAUCACCCAGCAAUAAGAUCACAAACCAUAUUCAUGCACGAACUGGGCUUUUAAAGUAGAUACCGGUACUUAAAUGAACUUUUGGGUUGACCCUUAAUUACUUCACUUUCGGAACAUUGCUCGGUUCGAACCGGCCUAUUUUAUCUCAAGCCCAAUAUGAACUGACACUGAAAUUUCUGGCAUAGAAGGACCUAAUUGCAUUGCAAAGCUGAGUUUUCAGAUUGUGCUCUUGCCCGCAAAAAAGAGAUUCUUUAACUAUGGAGAUGGACUCACUUGAACGGCUGAGAAGCUUCAUGAUUGCUUUCUCAACUGUUCGAAGACAUCAUCUUACUGACAAUAGUGACGAAGAUCUCCAUGCAUCCCAAGAUGCCGAAGAGACUCACAAACAGCACCUGAUGGCACUAGAUGUCAUAAAGGUUAAAGCUCCAGUAGAUGUCAUGGCAGUUAAGAAGCUUCGCAAUGAGGGAUGGAUGGGAUCUAUCGAAGUGGUUGCAUGGCCCUAUUCUCCGGAUGACGAGAGGAUUCGUAUUUUAGCAUAUACUCAAGGAGUUCCAGUAGCCAAUCCUUAUGAAAGCUGAAGAUGAAGCAUUGGUUUUGAAUUAAACUGCUGUUUAUAGAUGUUAAUUUUAACAGCACUUAAUUUAAUAAAGUUUUUAGUUCACACCAGUCUGUAGUAAGUGUCAUGUUAGAGUGGAGCUGCAAUAUCACUACACGAAUAUAUAAUUUUGGACUACUGAUUU